CCUGAGUCUUCUCUAUUCUCCCUCCCUCCACCUUCAGUCACUGCCGGCUUCUGCCACCUCGCCGUCGCGCCGCCGUCAACGUCGUCGCCCCUCCCCGCGCCGUCGUCUCCCGUCGCCGUCGAGUCUCGUGCCGCUGGCUGUCGCCAUCGUCCCGGUCUCGAACUCCGUCCGGUCUCUUUCUCUCCUCGAGGCCGCAUCCGCUCGCGGCUGCCGCCGGCGGCGUCGCCUGCCUUGGGCGACAUUAGUUCUUGGGUCACUCAAGGUCGACAACGCCGGAGCUGGGCUUCACGGCGAGGCAUUCGUGACGCGCGGGGGAGCUGCUGCGGCGGCGGUCGGUGGAGUCGGCACCUGGGAUUCCUCUGUUGUUCGUCGUCGCUCGUGCCGCCGGCGCUCCAUGUCAUCCGGGCAUCAAAUCAACGUCCGGUGAGCAAGAACCCUGAGCCCCGGUUUCCCCCCGAAAGCUUCUAGAUGAAGAAGAUCGUCUUCUCCACUUUCGCGACCAGUCUCCUCAAAUCAGAGUCGCGCCAGCCCUCCAAUUCGAUAGCGUUCACUCUCCUCCGCAACCCCUUUUUCUCCAGAUGGUUCUCUCAAUCCACCUCCAUCCCCAAGAACCUGAAGAGGGUCCGCGACCAUGGGUACGACAACUACAUGGAAGUCGAGAAGAAAACGCGCAAGGUCCUCAAGUUCCAGGACCUGAUCCUCUCCCAGCGCAACCAGACCGUCCCAAUUUCGCGCCUUGACGUCCUCGCCCGCAGGUUCGGGUUCAAGCAGCACGAGGCCGGGGCUUUCCUCCUCAAGUUCCCUCACGUUUUCGAGGUUUACGAGCACCCGGUGCAGAGGAUUCUGUAUUGCAGGCUGACCCGGAAGGCCCUUUUGCAAAUCCAGCAGGAGAAGGAGGCUCUCGAUGCCCAGAUACCUGAUGCCGUGGUUCGGCUCAGGAAGCUGCUGCUGAUGUCUAACACGGGACGGCUGAGGCUGGAGCAUGUGCGGAUUGCGCGGUCCGCAUUCGGGUUGCCUGAGGAUUUCGAGUAUUCGGUAAUUUUGAAGUACCCAGAAUUUUUUAGAUUGUUUGAUGCUAAAGCGACUAGGAAUAAGUACAUUGAGAUUGUAGAGAGAGACCCUAGUUUAACUGUUUGUGCAAUUGAGAUGGCUAGAGAGAGGGAGUAUAGAGAGAAGGGAAUCGAUGCGGAAGAUGUGCGUUUCUCAUUCAUCAUCAAUUUCCCGCCUGGAUUUAAGAUUGGAAAGUAUUAUAGGAUUGCAGUGUGGAAAUGGCAACGAGUCCCAUAUUGGUCGCCUUAUGAGGAUGUUUCAAGGUAUGAUUUGAGGUCACUAGAGGCUCAGAAACGUAUGGAGAAGAGGGCUGUGGCAGUGAUUCAUGAAUUGCUUUCACUGACCAUUGAGAAGAAGAUCACGCUGGAGAGAAUAGCACAUUUUAGGAUGGCAAUGAAUUUGCCAAAGAAGUUGAAGGACUUCCUCCUUCAACAUCAAGGGAUCUUCUAUAUUUCGACAAGGGGUAAUCAUGGCAAGCUUCACACCGUGUUUCUUAGGGAGGCUUAUAAGAAGGGAGAGCUGAUAGAACCAAAUGAUUUGUAUUUGGCGAGAAGAAAAUUGGCUGAUUUGGUCUUGUCGAGUCCAAGAAAGGCAAACGUGGAUAAGGAGCUUGUUAGUUAUGGUAGAGACGAUCACGAUGAAAUGAGGCGAUUUAGGAGAGACCAUAUAGAGAAUAAGAUGAUGAAAUUUGAUGUUCAGGAGAAUUUUGUACUUGAUGCGGAGGGGGAUGAACAACCUGACUCGGAUGCAGCUUCAGAAGCUGACUUUACGGAUGACAGUGAUGAUGGUGAGGCAAUUAACGAUGAAGAAGAAGUAAUCCAUUGAUUCGUUUUAGCAUAUUGAGAGAAGCUGUUUGUGGCUGGAGGCUAAAACUUUUCUCAUGCAACACUGAAUUUGAACAUGAAUCAGACUGCUCCCUGGUGUAUUGGCGUUGUAUUAAUUGCUUACUACCUCUGGCACGGUUCAGACUAUGGAAUUAGAAUUCACGUGCAAACAGGCAAAUCGAAGACAAGCAGUCUAAGUCAUAAGACAGCCACAAGUUCUUAAACUAGACAUAUGCUGGCCACAAUGGCUUUGAGUUGAUAAAUGGUUCUCGUCUGCUCCACAUCCAGAGAAUUAAGUGAGCAUCACUUCAUCAGAAAAUAAGGUGCUUCCAUCUUCUGGGAAAGAAGUCUGUUUACUAGCUUGUGGAAUAGAAAUCAGUGAGAUGAGGAGGAUCUUUUUUUCAUUCCAAUUAUUGUAGAAUGUAAAAGAAUGUUUUAGGCGAAUUGAUUUUGAUAAUUAUAUUGUAUAAAUAUUUGUCCGAUGAUAGAAGCUAAUUGCAUCGAGCCACAGUAUCAUUGCUUUGAUCGUAA